UAUGGAGACUUAACUCUAGCAUAUCCAAGGGUAAAAUUAAAGAAAGGUUAAAGCAAGAAAUUCAGACAUAUAUACAGGAUAAUGACAAUGGAGAAGUUUCCCUGUAAUAUUAUGGGGUGCCUGUAAAGCUGUCUUGAGACAUCAAAAAGUUAGAAAUGUUGCCUUUAGUACUUUCUUUUCCCAAAUAUAUUAGUGUGUGUUGCAGAAUGUGUCAAUGAUGGGCACUACCUUAAAAUACUGCGUACAACUACGCUUUAUAAACUUCGGUCCAUUUGUAAUAUUUUACUGGCAGAUUUUAAGCCACAUUCAAUAUGGCGGGUACUGUGACGUAUCGCAGCAACGGUCUGCAUAUUCGUGUCUAUGCUGCAUACUCCACUAAGUUAGAAUACUUUUUAAAGUAUGACUUAUUUUUCUCUGUCCCCACGUGCAAAUGUUAAUAUAAAUACCCGGAAAGCUCCAACCACGUCACUGAAUUACCAUGGCAACGGCCUCUGGCCGAGUCUGUUUCCAACAUCUAAUAAUAACAAUAGAUUGUAUUAAAAGCCAAUUGAACUCUGAGCUUCUACCUGCAUGUUAGCCUGCCUGGUUCAACAAGGUUCGGUGAGGUUCGGUGAGGUUCGGUAGGUUUAGUUCAUGUGGGUUUUACUAACCGCUUCCUGUUGAUGGGACAUCUGGAAACCAGCUCUCCGCAACAUGACGACAGGAAUUGGAGGUGAAUCUGGUUUUGGUCUAAAUCUCCCAACCGAACCAUUAACCAAGUUCAGUCCGGUUCAAACUUUUUAUGUGGUUUAUUGUGGCUUUUAUUUUGACAGUCUUCCCCUCUUGAGUUGUUGAGUGAUAUUAUUUUGAAACCCCCGACGGAAAUAUGUUAGAAAAACUUCCGCUAGCGUUGCGCCGGUCCCAAAAAGUGCAGCCCCGAUCGGCGCGGAUAAUCCGGCUCCAGUGGACCGGGAAGCCGCCGAAAUGAGCCCGAGGAGCAGCUAGCGGACCCCGGGAAGGCUUUGAUAUGCUCUCUCGCCCGCUGACAGAGACCCACCGCAGGGGGCGUGGCCCGACAGCAGAAGCCCUGCCCACUGAUCUCCCAUUGGUCGAUGCAGACGAGGCUCCUGCAGGAGGCCCCGCCCCCCCGGCCCCUCCCUGCUGCUCCUGCGCCUCCCUCUUGCCCCGCCUCCUGGCGGCUCACCGCAUGGAGGUGCGGCGCCUCCUACGAGGAGCUUUGUCGUCUCUCGGCCGCCGUAUGGACUCUCUGGAGAGGAAGAGGAGGAAGAGGAGGAAGGACGGAGGAAGAGGAGGUCCUCCUAGUAUCACCUGCAACUCCUUCUCUUGCUCACCUGCAUCGUUGCCUCAUGUCAUCACUUCCUCUUCGUGGUCACCCUCCGCUUCAUCAGACCGUAUCAACCCAACUCCUUCCUGCAGCUUCAGCCAAUCAGAGCAGAGUAGGAGGGGCAGUGAAGGAGAGGAGGUGAGGAGGAGGAAGAGGAGGAGAAGCCAUGAAGGCUUUCUUCCUCCAGGGAAUGAGGAGGAGGAGGAAGAGGAGAGGUUUGUGGGUCAGAUGGUGGUCUCUGUCAGAGGAAGAGGAGGACCUGAGGAAGCAGAGACAGAGCCUCUCGUCCUCCAUGACUUCAACCAGAGGAAACGCAGACGAAGGGUCAGCCAAUCAGAGCAGGGCUUCAGCGUGCUGGUGAGGAAGAACGGCUACAGCUCCCAGCAUGCACUGCUUCCUCUGCAGGCGGCCGAGAUUAGCCAGACCUGUGGCCAAUCACAAGCCCUCGCUGUGCUGCCGGGACGGUGGAUGUUUUGUGACAUCAUCACGCACCCGUCCUCCAAACGGACCCACCCACAGCCAUGGCUGCAGAACCCCACCCCAGUGCUACACCUGUCUGCCGUUGCCAUGGAGACGGUGUUAGACUGGGUGAAGGGCAGAGCCUAUUGGAGUCCUCUGCGUUCUCUGAGGGACUGGACAGCACCGCCCAGUUUGGACAGCGACCACAGCUACAUAAGAAGACCGACAACCAGCUGUACAGGUUCUCUCCAGGAUCAUCACAAGCUGUGGUCCAAUCACAGUACCUGGAGCCUGUGGUUGCCAAGGCGACGAGCCUUGCCCCUAAAUUUAUGUUCAGCCAAUGGGCUGUCUGCUGCCCUCCCUGCUGACCAAUCAGCAGCGCUCUCAGAGUUUCACAGCACAAAUGUGAAGCUCAGUAAACGAGUGUCGCAGAUCAGAAUACGGCGUGCGUCGCCGCGGGAGACCCCUCUCACACCAAUGGGACUGCCCAAAGCGAAACGGUUGAAGAAGAAGGAGUUCACCCUGGAGGAGAUCUACACCAACAAGAACUACGAGGCCCCACCCAACAUCAGGAGCCUGGAAACCAUAUUUGAGGAGCCUCGGGAGAAAGAUGGAGCGCUGCUCCUGAUUGGCCAGCAGAAGCGUCGCCGGCUCCUCCUCUUCCCUGACUUCACUCAGCCCAGGAAGAGGAAGAAACCCCAAGGGCUGGGUCUUCCUGUUUCUUUGGUGCCCAGAAAACGAGCCGCAGUGCGGCGACACGUUCACGGCGGCGGGCUGGAUGACGGCAGCGACCUGGACGUGAUGCUGGUGGAGCGCCUGAGCGAACUCGAUGACUUCCUGACUCAGCAGGGCCUGGACGUAUGACAUCAUUUCCUGACAGCUGACUAAAUGGACACACCAAUGGUGACGGUGUGAGGGGGUGAAUGGAGACAUGUCUGCAGAGGCUGAGCCUUGGAUCAGGCAACACCCCCUCCGGGAGGCUCCACCCUCUACAGAUACACCUGUGGACUGCCAGUCUCUGCAGUACCCUGUAGUACUCUGCGGUACCCUGUAGUACCCUGUAGUACUCUGGAGUGUUGUGAACUGUGAUGUUUAUUUCUGAUGAAAACUGUAUUUUUGGACAAAUAAAGUAAUUUCUUGUCUGAAACAUUU